UCGGCGGGCGUUAGUUGUCAAAACUACAUUUUUUGACAAGUGCUGCUGUCACAAUGAUGUUGAAAUGACAACGGAAUAUGCGCCCUGUAUCAGUAGUAACCAGGAGAAGGAAAUUUGAGCAGUAUAAUACAGACAGGUUGUUCGACAGAAAUGGAUCGGCAAGGACACAGCUGAAGCGGUCCGGUAUCUUGAGGAUGGCUCUGGCUGGCACGGAAUCGACGGACCAGGAGGGACAUGGAGAGACUUUCUUGUUCCGAGCUGUGAGGAUAGCUGCUGUGGUCGUCCUGUACUGGUUCGUCUCGAUAACGAUGGUGUUCCUCAAUAACUACCUGCUGGACAACCGGGAGCUGGACGCGCCGCUGUUCGUCACUUUCUUCCAGUGCCUGGUGACUGUCGGACUGUGCUGGGUCUUGCAGCUGCUGUCCAGGUUCUGCCCGGGGUUCAUCGACUUCCCGUCGGUCACGUUCGACCUGAAGACGUCCCGGGAGGUGUUGCCUCUGUCCGUCGUCUUCAUCUCCAUGAUCACCUUCAACAACCUGUGCCUGAAACAUGUCGGAGUGGCCUUCUACACGGUCGGCCGGUCGCUCAGCACGGUUUUCAAUGUGCUGUGCACCUACAUCAUCCUGAAACAGACCACGUCAUACCGAGCCUUAAUGUGCUGUGGGAUCAUAUUAGGUGGUUUCUGGCUUGGUGUGGACCAGGAAGGCAUUGCAGGGUCCCUCUCUCUGACCGGCGUCUUCUUUGGGGUGAUUGCCAGCGCUUGUGUUGCUCUGAACGCCAUCUACACCAAGAAGGUGAUGCCAGCAGUAGACGGAAACAUCUGGAGACUCUCCUACUACAACAACAUUAAUGCCUGCGUACUCUUUGUCCCGCUCAUUAUCGUAUUUGGAGAACUGAGUAGUGUCAUCAACUUCAGCCGCCUCACUGACCUCAGCUUUUGGAGCAUGAUGAUUCUUGGAGGAGUGUUUGGUUUCGCCAUCGGCUACGUCACCGGCCUACAGAUCAAGUAUACCAGCCCGCUCACACACAAUGUCUCCGGAACUGCAAAGGCCUGUGCGCAGACUGUUAUUGCUGUUGUGUUCUACGCCUCCAGUAAGAGCUUGCUGUGGUGGACCAGUAACAUGAUGGUUCUUUUUGGCUCGUCAGCCUACACUUGGGUCAAAAGCCUAGAAAUGAAGAAGACUCCUCCAAAAGAGCCUGAGGACUCAGCCAAGGAAAAACUGCUGCCAGGGGAGAUAGGCAGCAUGAGCGUUUAACCAUUGUUAGCAGUGUGGGAAAGCUUCAGCUUUUAUCACAAUCUUAAUAAUGUGAAAUAAUGUAACAUUAAGAAUAUUAUUGUUUAAGGAUAGAAGUGAUACAUGGAAUCAGUGAUUUUGUUUUGGUAUAAUGGUCUUGUGGUUUUAUACAAUUUUACUUAAGACUUGAAAGAGUUUGUAAAUAUAUAUAUUUAUGGAAAGCUAUUCAUAUUCAUUUGGGGCCUUUUUACAAUUAUUUCUAAAUGAAAUAAGUAAGAAAUAUAAUGAUGUGUAUUUUAUGGUGAAGUCAUCAAGUGAAGGAUCAAAUCAUGUUUGUAUUCAAGGAUAUAAUUACUUGGAUUGAGGGUUUGUCGUCAUAGCAGGACAGAGCUACAUGCCAUUUUUAUGAAUGUAUUUCACUAUAUUGUUAUUGUUUUUUAUGUUGCGUUCCAGACUACUGGGAACUCUUUUUUUUCUCCCCUCCUACUAAAAAAAGAACAGUGGAACGCUUGUCCGUGUGAUUUUGUUGCACAUGCACCCAAAAAUCUUUAUCGGUCGCAGCCUUGCCCCUGAAAUUAAGCAGUUUAUGUUGUAUACGGUUGAGGUUAUGGCAUUUUCAUGAUGCUUGGUUGUUUUUUCUUCUUUUUUUUUUUUUUUUUAAAUGAAGAAAAAUAUUUAUUUGAACCUUUAGUUCUGUUUACAGUCAUUUACAUGAUGUGUUUAGAAAUCAAAUUUAAAUGUAUGAUUGGGUGCACCUAAAAUUAUGUGCCGGUGCACCACAAUCAGCGUAAAAAAAACUGCUUAAUCUCUGUGCUCCUACUUGUACACUCGGGGCAAAAUCCAUCUACCCCAGGGAACACACAUAGGGAAGGGGUAGGAUGUAUUGGAAUAUUCACAAUUGUUUCCAAAUAAAUUGUUUUUUCCUCCUCUAUUUCAUGCAGAAUGAGGCUGCAUGGUCAAGGAUGCAAUGGUGUGUACACUAGUGUGUGUCCACUCACCAAAGUUCUGGUCCUCCCAAGUUUUUUGACGUGCGCCGGGAACGCUUGGAAGUCGGAAGUUGGAAAUUUCAACUAGGAAAUUACAAUCUCUGACUUUGAAUGGAGCACAGCAUAUGAUCUGGCACGUCUGCUUUUCUUGAAUAUGAACAAGGCCGGAACAGCCGGAUCUGUAAUAUCCUGCUUUUUAUGGAGGACACGACAGGCGAGGUAAUCUAAUACCUCGUGUCAGUUGGACUGGCGUACAAUAGACUUUUAUCUCCAAAGAAAACAUCCUUCACCACUGUUGAACUGUUGCAGUCAUGAACUUAAACAUUAUUUACUUUACAGUUACAGCACAUCAAGUUUCUGACUCAGACAUAAAGUGAACAGAGGCAAUGAUGUAAGAUCUCAGAAAAUAGAUCUGCAUUUCAGAACAAAAGUGGGGCAGACAGAAAGGGACCUCUGUGAGAAUUACAGCUCAGGUUUCACAUUUCGUUCUUCUUGACACAUUUAAAUGUGUCAGCAUCUUUACACGUCGCAGCUGAUUGCACAGCAGCUGAGAGGUCUUUGCACUCGUCAUUCACUCUUCUUUUCUUGCGUGACAUAUCCGGUACUUCUUUAACAGCCUGAAUUUUUUUUUUUUUCUUUUUGUGGACCAUAGUUUGU